UCUGGAGCCCUGACUCCCGGCCAGCCCUGCCCUGCCUGUGUGCAGGGCCCCGCUCCCCUUGCAACAGCCUGAGCUUCGGGAGCAGCAGGAAGAGGAGGGGACCAGGCAUUGCUUUCACUUUCUGUUACUCAGAGCUCCUGUGAGCGGGGCCUGGGGCGAUGGCUGAUCGGCAGUUAAGCAACGUGCGGAUCAGGUUUGUGGAGAGCGUGAGCAAGGCCGUGAUCAGCACCCUCCUGGACGACCUGCUGGAGAGACGAGUGCUGAACGAGGAGGAAGUGGAGGAGGUGAAGGACAGCUACAGUAAGAAGAGUGACCAAGCCAGGUGCCUGAUUGAUGGGGUGAGGAAAAAGGGUGCCAAAGCCAGCGAAAUAUUCAUCGAGCGCCUCUGCGUCAGAGAUGUCCACCUGGCCACAGAGCUGGGGCUCGGCGCCCCCUCGGGGUCUGCUGCAGAAACCCAGCAAGCGCCAUCUCAGGAAUGGAUCCAGCCCUGCCCCCGGGAAUUCGUCCAGCGGAUCCAGAAGGAGGAAGCAAAGGAGAUCUAUUCCAUCCGGGACAAGGCGACGCGAACCCGCCUGGCCCUCAUCAUCUGUAAUGUUGAGUUUGAGCAUCUCCGCAGGAGGGAUGGGGCUGACGUGGAUGUGAAAGGGAUGCAGAAGCUUCUAGAAGGGCUGGGAUACAAAGUGGAAACCCACUGCAACUUAAACGCCCAGGCCAUGGCGGAGACCCUGAAGCAGUUUGCUGCUCGGAACGAGCACCAGACCUCGGAUAGCACCUUCCUCGUGCUCAUGUCUCAUGGCGUCAGGGCUGGCCUGUGCGGGACAGAUUGCCAAGAUGAGUCCAAAGACAUCCUUCCUAUCGACACCAUCUACAGCACCUUCAACAACAAGAACUGCCAGGCACUGCUGGGAAAACCCAAAGUGAUCAUCAUUCAGGCCUGCCGUGGGGAGAACCGCGGACAGGUGUGGGUGAGUGACUCUGCAGAGCUCCCUGGAGAUGGCUCCAGCCUCGCUCCGCUGCCUCCUGAAGGAUUGGAAGAUGAUGCAAGUCGCCGAAUCCACGUGGAGACCGAUUUCAUCUGUUUGCAUGCUACAACGCCAGACACUUUGUCCUGGAGAUCUCCAAAAACUGGCUCCGUCUUCAUCACCCGUCUGAUAGAGCAGCUCCGAACCAAAGCCUGCCGCUUCCCCUUGGAGGAGAUCUUCCGACAGGUCCAGUUCUCCUUUCAAGAUUUUCCUGAUCAGAUGCCCACCAAGGAAAGAACUACCAUGAUAAAAAAGUUCUACCUGUUCCCAGGUCAUUAGAACCAGCCCACAAUCAGACAGAGCAUGUCCCAUGGGGGCCCUGCCGCAGUCAGCAUCAGCACCUUCCUGAAGGACAGCGUCUGCACAUUCAACAUUGGCACAAAGCUCCUGCUGCCUGCACACUUUCCUCUGAACUGCCAGAAGUGCCUUCAACUUCUCACCAAAGCUCCUGCUGCCUGCACACGUUCCACCUGUAGCUUUCCUCUGAACUGCCAGAAGUGCCUUCAACUUCUCACCAAAGCUCCUGCUGCCUGCACACUUUCCUCUGAACUGCCAGAAGUGCCUUCAACUUCUCACCAGCCCCUUCCCCUGUGGAAGUGCCUCCUCUUUGUGACAGGACAAUGGUAGCAUCAGCCUGAAGGUCCUGCUGCCACAUCUCUAAAAAAUGGCUCUUCCUAGCGAGGGACAGCAGAACCCCCCAGCUAUCUAGCUCCUACAGCACUGACAUCCCAGAGGACUCUGUCCCUGAGAUCCAGUUCACACUCUGAUCAUUCCCUCCGGUAGCCGGACUUUGAGUCCCCAGGACAGUCAGACAAGUGAGUCUCAGCCACAUCCUUCUUGGUAAAUAGCUGGCAUCUCCCAUUAGGGAUAUCAACACCAGGGGCGUCUUCACUGCAGUUAGCCCAGGCUCCUGUCCCCUCCCCUCUGCAUACAAACCCCUCUCAUCUGGGCUUUCCACCCGGGUUAGCUGCCCCAGCUGAGGGUGGCUUCCAGCGUGGUGCUGCUUUCACUGGGGCUGGGAGCCUGCCCACUUUGCCGCGAGGAUGCAGCUAAAUCACUCGAGUGCUGACUGUGCACCUCUGCCUUCCCACAGUCCCUCCCUGGUGCCCAGGACAGGCGUGUCCCACUAACACGCUGGGAAAGAGUCAUGCAGCGUCUCACCUUACAGCAGCACAAAGAACCACGGGCUUUGCCCCAAACGCGCUAGCGACUCGCAGGGGAGCGCAGCACCAGUGUGGACGCAGUAACUCGGGUGGGGCUUUGCAACGUGGCUGCUCCCGGCCAGGUUAGACUAACCCAGUGCUCUCACCCGGGCUGACUCUGGGAAAGCUCAUCUGCUGAACUCUGAGGGGAACAUGGAGUGUGGCAGCAGCCGCCUCCUCCCGCUAUCAGCGAUUCAGACCCCCUGGAAUGGAAAGGGCCUGUGUCUGUUCCCCUGACAGUGAGGCCGGGUUAACUGGGCUCACUCCAAGUCAUCCCCACUAGAUGGCAGCCAGGCUGAGCCUUGAAUAGCUGCUGUGGGGAUUUCCCAACCUCACUGAGCUGUUCGCUACCUUGUUCUCGGUCUUCGUAGUUACAGGGCCACAUUCUGCCCGGUGUCGGCUCCAGACUUCGAGUGCCGAGGCUGCAAGUGGCCCAUGAAAUUUGGGUUAGUGCUUAACCCACAUUUCUCUAUUAAAACCUAAGCCUGUUACUUCUGUCCUUGGCCGCAGUGCUGAGAGCCGAUCCCUUUCCCCUCUAGAGCAGCCCUUUCCGUCCUUAGUGAUGAGCGAGAGACACCUGCCUACGCCACUGCAAGGCAAGACCAUCAGGAAGGGAGCAGGGUUCUUUGGCGUGCUCCAUGGGGGUAGAACUAGGAGUAAUGGGGUGAAGUGAUGAAAGGAGAAUUUCGCGUUGUUGCUUUCAGGGCUAUUCCUAUGGCUGGGGCGAGGGAGUAAGUGACUCCUGGGACCAGAGGUGUCCUUGCCCCUCUCAGCGGUUGCGCUGAUUUCUGGCCACACUCUCUCCGGUUUCCGUCUCAUUGCCUGUGGUUACUUUUAUAGCUGGUUCACCAUGUUCUUGAAAAGCGAUGAGUGGAGGCAGGGCCGGCUCUACUGUUUUUGCCGCCCCAAGGAGU